AUGAGCAGCAGCAGGGUUCUUCUUGUCAGUGCUGUCCUGGUGGGGCUCGUCACCCUGAGCUCAUGCAGGAGCCUGGGAGAGUUGUCUGAGCAGAAGACCUACUCUUCUGCUCCCAGCUAUGGUGGCUCCCCAACUCCUACGUACGGGUCAGGAGGAGGCCACGAGCCAACGCCAACACCAUCAUACGGCUCAACACCAACACCAUCUUACGGCACAACACCAAGCACCCCAAGUACACCUGCUUAUGGGGUCCCUGAAAUUCCGAAGCAUGGAUUUGUUGGAUCCUGCGACUACUGGAAGAACCACCCAGACAUGAUCGUUGCAGUUGUUGGAUCCCUUGGCAACAUUGGCAAGACUUUUGGUGCUGCCUGCAGCUUGAUCGUGGGCAAGAAGCUUGAGAAUCUGCAUGAUGCACUCUCAAACACCAGAACUGAUGGUGUUGGUGCCCUGCUACGUGAGGGAGCAGCUGCUUACCUCAACUCCAUUGUCAACAAGAAGUUUCCUUUCACCACACAGCAGGUGAAGGAUUGCAUUGUUGUGGCUGUGACCUCUGAUGGUGCUGCUUCUGCUCAGGCUGGGAUCUUCAAGAAGGCAAAUGAAUACCACUACUAG